AUGGAUGCGCAAGGCGUCAACGAAGCCAGCGCAUCCCCAGGUGUGGCCGCUGAAGGUACCAGAGAGCAGCUGGAUGCUUUGAUGAAAAGAGCUGCCGCGAAAGAUCUUAUUAAAGACUACAAUGCCGCUGCGGAGCUGUACUCCGAAGCUACCGAGCUUCAGGCAAAGCUGAAUGGAGAAAUGUCGCUAGACAACGCGGACUUAUUGUUUGCUUAUGGCAAAGCCCUGUAUAACGUCGCUAUCAGCAAGAGUGAUGUUCUUGGCUCUAAAGUAGCAGGCAAGGCGCAGACGGACUCAGCAGACCAGCCCACUUCGCCCGCUCCGAUUGCCGACAACCUUAUUAAAAACGUCGUUUCCUCGAGCGGCGCAAAGAGGGAGGCUAAGGCCCAGAAAGAGCAGUCACAAGAAAACGCCAAAAAACCACUCUUCCAAUUCAUGGGUGACGAGAACUUUGACACGGAUUCGGAUGGAGAGGACGAGGACAAUGCCGCCGAAGAAGAAGAUGAAGAAGACGAUGAUUUUGAAAACGCCUUCGAAGUCCUGGACUUGGCUCGAAUUCUCUAUCAUAAGAAGCUUGAAGCAGCAGAAGACCAAACUGGAAAGGGCAAAUCCACAGAACUUACCCCUAGGUUGAAGGACAUCAAGGAGCAUCUAGCUGAUACAUACGACCUUCAGGCCGAAAUCUCACUAGAGGCCGAGAGGUUCACAGACGCAGUUGCAGAUCUGAGGUCUGCACUUGAACUUAGGCAGGCUCUGUUCCCGAUGGAGGACCCAGCAAUUGCCGAAUGCCACUACAAGCUAUCUCUAGCUCUAGAGUUCGGGGCUGUCAAGCAUGAUGAGGAUUCAGCAGAUGGUUCUAAGCCCGCUCUAGUUGAUGAAGGAAUGAGAAUGGAGGCAGUGACUCAAAUGGAAAAGGCUAUCGAAAGUUGCCAUGCCAGAGUGUCUCAGGAGCAAAAGAAACUGGAUAGCGAUGACACGCUGGAUGAAGACAAGCGAACAGCACUGAAGCGCAGAAUCACCAACGUAAAGGAAAUCGUGUCCGACAUGGAGCAGAGGCUGCUUGAUUUACGUCGUCCACCUGUAUCUGUCGAGCAGGGAAUCGAAGAGCAGAGCGAAAGCAUGCUCAAGGGAAUAUUGGGACAAAUUAUUGGUCAGCCCGACAGUGAGAAGCAGACCUUGCUCGAUGCUGCGUCAAAAAAUGCCAAUGACCUUUCCGCUUUCGUUAAGCGGAAACCUGCCGGCAAGUCGUUGCAGCCCAGCACCGCUGCUCCCAAACGUGCAGUCGAGGAGAAAGAGGAUAGUGAAUCCAAGCGGGUUCGGGUGGACAACGAAUAA